UUUGGCGAACAUAUUUUUAAUCGUGAACGCUCCUCGGGUCUGUGUGAGGAGUCAGGAAGGAGGCGACAGGAGCAACAAAGAAGAGCAAGUGUCCGGUUUACACCUCCUCCUCAGCAACAACAAUCUAAUAAAUCACACGGUAGGACAAAGGAUUUGGUUUGCAUGUGAGGACAAGUAACUACCGAGCCAACCAUGGCAAACAAUGCAGGGGAUAUCGAAAACAAUAUGCAGCAGGACCAACAGCAGGCCAACCAGGUGCCACAACCCAGUUCACAGCCGCAGGAGACUGGCGGGAUCGGAGCGCGGUCCAGAGGCAGUUCAGGAGCUAGACGCAAUGGUGGAGGUGGUGGCAGUAGUGGACCAGAACAGAAUGGCCAGCCGCCUACCACACAGCCCCCACGCCUGGUGGAGAAUGAGGAGGACGACGAUGAAGAGUUGACCUUGAAAUAUGGGGCCAAGCAUGUCAUCAUGCUCUUUGUUCCUGUGACUCUGUGCAUGGUGGUGGUCGUGGCAACUAUAAAGUCCGUCAGCUUUUACACCCAGAAUGAUGGACAGAGACUGAUCUACACACCAUUCCCAGAAGAUACAGACACAGUAGCACAGAGAGCCGUCAACUCCAUCCUUAAUGCCACCAUCAUGAUCACUGUGAUCAUCGUCAUGACAUUGGUUCUGGUUCUCUUAUACAAAUACCGUUGCUAUAAGGUGAUCCAAGGCUGGCUGUUCGUCUCCUCUCUCCUCCUGCUGUUUUUCUUCUCAUUCAUCUACCUCAAGGAGGUUUUUAAGACCUAUAAUGUAGCCAUGGACUACUUCACCAUAGCAGUGGUCAUUUGGAACUUUGGCGUGGUAGGUAUGAUCUGCAUUCAUUGGAAAGGACCACUUCGGCUCCAGCAGGCCUACCUCAUCAUGAUCAGUGCUCUCAUGGCUCUGGUUUUCAUCAAGUACCUGCCAGAGUGGACCGCCUGGCUCAUCCUAGCCGUUAUAUCUGUCUAUGAUUUGUUAGCGGUGCUUUGCCCCAAAGGGCCCCUGAGGAUCCUGGUGGAGACGGCUCAGGAGAGAAAUGAACCCAUCUUUCCAGCUCUCAUUUACUCCUCUACUAUGGUGUGGCUUGUCAACAUGGCUGAUGUUGACGAGCCAAACAGGAACUCUACAAAAGCAGCACAGCCUCAAACAGAAAGUCAAGAAGCUGUGCCUUCUCCCGCUCCUUCCAGUCCAUCACAGGAUGACGGCGGCUUCACGCCAUCCUGGGUCAGCCAGCAGCAGCACCAGCUGGGGCCAAUGCAGUCGACACCAGAGACCAGACAGGAGAUCCAGCAGAUGCCCUCCGCUCGGCCUCCCGUUGAAGAGGACGACGAGGAGAGAGGCGUCAAGCUGGGGCUUGGUGAUUUCAUCUUCUACAGUAUGCUGGUGGGGAAGGCCUCUGCCGCUGCCAGCGGCGACUGGAACACCACGCUCGCUUGUUUUGUAGCCAUCCUCAUUGGCCUGUGUUUGACCCUGCUCCUUCUCGCCAUCUUCAAGAAAGCACUUCCUGCUUUGCCCAUCUCUAUCUUUUUCGGCCUGGUCUUCUACUUCGCCACAGACAACCUGGUGCGGCCCUUCAUGGACAAGCUGGCGCUUCACCAGUUCUACAUUUAGCAGGAUGUUGCUGUGAUAAUGCUAGCCCAUGUUGGCUCUUCUGUCAUCAGCGGGAGCGAGGUUACACCAUGUUCGAGGGACACUCGGUGAUUCUGGUGCCAGUGUCCCCUCUUUAAAACUCAUGAUGAGACCCAUGUUGCUUCUGUUCUGCCUUCAAUUUUUGGCACAAGGGAACAAACAAUAUUCCUCAUUACAGCUGUUCCUAAUUUUUUUUUUUUCCUUUUAAAAUGGAUGUGACAAUCUGAGACAGUUCUGCUACACUUCCACAGUUUGAGAUGAACAUCGCUCAGUUUGAGGCCUAAUCUUCAAACAGUUGUAUUAUUCAGCAUUCCCGGGUGCAGAUGUUCCGAGCUCAUGGUUCUGUUUUGGUUUGAUACCGGGAAGCAUGAGUGCUCUUUCUCAGCAGUGACCUGCGUCAUAUCCACACACACUCAGCUCAACUGAGCAGCUUUACUGGUGCAGCUGGGGUUUCCCAAAGGUGGCUUUGCUCAGGGACACCUCGGCAGUAGCUGCUGAGGAGACACCGUUCUUUGAGGUGGUCAAAUGUCUUUCCUGUGAAGUUUGUUUUGAUGCCCCCAA